AUGUCUUCCUCGAAGCGUCUGUCACGGUGGUUGCCACAUGAGUUGAUAGAAGAAAUACUAAUCAGGACUCAUGUUAAGUCUUUGCACCGAUUCAAGUCGACGUGCAAGCAAUGGUACGAUCUCAUCAGCGACAAGAGAUUCAUGUACGACCACUUGGAUCGCUCUCCGCAACGUUUGAUAAGAAUCGACAAUCAUCAGACGGUUCAAAUCAUAGAUCCGGUGACCGGAAUAAUCUCAGAUUCACCAGUCCCAGACAUGUUUCGCUCUCCAUAUUCGAUUGCGUUUAUGGUUCACUGUGAUGGACUAAUGCUGUGUAUGUGUUAUCAAACGGGUAUCCAUCUUGGAGUUUGGAAUCCAGUAACGAGGAAAAUCAAAUGGGUCGAACCGUUGGAUUCUUACACUGACACUGAUUACUUUGGGAUUGGAUAUGGAAAUACGUGUCGUGAUAACUACAAGAUCUUGAGGUUAUCUGGUCCUUUGUCUUUUGAAGAUCCAGCACAGUAUGAGAUAUAUGAAUUCAAGUCUGAUUCGUGGAGAACUCUUGAUGCUUCUAAGUUCAUCUAUUUUGUUGUAGAUACUCAGGGCAGAGGUAUGUCAGUGAAGGGUAAUAUGUAUUGGAUUGCUGAAAAUGAAAACAGGCAAUACUGUAUUCUAAGUUUUGAUUUCUCCAUGGAAACGUUCAAGAACGUAUGUGUUUGUCCUCCUUUGCGGGGUAACAGACCAUUAGGUUGUUUCAGUGGAGAUAGACUCUCUUUAUUACUACAACAUGUACAACCUGAUGAUUUUGAAGUACCAACUGAUAUUGAGGUGUGGGUGACAAACAAGCUGAGUGAUGGAGUUGUUUCGUUUACUAAAUAUUUUAAUGUCACUAGCCCUCAUCUUCCCUUGUUACUGUCACAUACUGACAUGGCUCGUCCGGGAUACGCCAUUGGAAAUCACAAAAAUAUCAUGGCAUGGUGCGAUAUAUAUCUAGAAGAAGAUGGUGAGUGGUAUACUUGCAUCACUCUUUACCAUAUUGAUCAAGGUGGGAUCAGAAAACAAAUUGAGACAGGACGAUACGCCGAUGUGUCGACACGGUACUAUGACCAGUUUAUUUGUAGCUAUGUGUAUGUUCCAAGUUCCGUUAGUGUUCCAGAAUAA